CAACUGGUCAGAGAGGAAACAAAGUGACAUUUGCGCGUUCGUUCGUUUCGUGUCGGAAUAAGAAUUGUUUACGUAUUUCUACCGUAGCGUUGUGAUUUUAGACAAACCCGCUCAGUAAACAGCCAUGGAGGAUAAAGUUGUGGAGACGAGCUAACGCUAGCUGAAUUAAUGUCCCUCAGUCAGCUCCAAUUGUUGGAAGUUGUCUCGGUCCAAGCUAGCUACGUAGGAGCUAACGUUAGUGCAAGGGAGGACGGGCGGCUGCUGUGUGUUGUGAGCGUGUGGCUGCCUGAGGUGGGUCGUGGCCAGACACACUAACACAUCGCGUCCGUGGAGCCGCUGUGGACGUGUUCGGGACGAGAGGAGCUUUCUGACGUGUCCUCACCAUGGAUCCAUUCGACAGUAACAGUGCAGAGCGAGCCAACCUGCCCAGGAACAUGAUUGAGAACAGCAUGUUUGAAGAGGAGCCUGAUGUCGUGGAUUUAGCCAAAGACUCUGCUGCAUUUCCGACGUUUCCUGCUCUUGACCCAGAUGAGGUAGUGUUUGAACCUCGUAGUUCACGUUUGCUUGUUCGAGGCCUGGGAGAGAAUGAAAUGGAUGAGGAAGAGGAGGACUGCGAGUCUUCAGCCCGUCUGUUGGGCAUGUCCUUCAUGAAUCGUAGCUCUUCUCACAGACCCAACUCUUCCCCGUACACAAGACAGAAUCCACCCAGGUCAUGUUCACGACCUUCAGCCAGGACAAUGGUUGUAUGUGUGUUAUUCCUUGUUAUAGUGGCCUCUAUGACCAUGGUACUGUACUUCCUACCCGAAUGCACCUUCACCAGAGCAGGUUGUCGUAAACCAAACAACACCACUCCCCAGGAGAUAGUCUACCCUAUUGCCACCAAUGGCGAACUGUUUCCAUGGGCCCAGUUCCGGCUGCCUCAUAGUAUACGUCCUCUCAGCUAUAACCUUACCCUGAGCCCUGACCUCGACAACAUGACCUUCACUGGGCGCACUGUCAUCAACAUGUAUGUGUUGCACAACACCAAGCGUAUCAUCCUGCACAGUGCUAAUCUGCACAUUACCAAAGCUACAUUCAAGCUGGGUGAUGGGGAGGCCAAUGAUGUGACUAUACUGGAGUACAAACCCAGACAGCAGAUUGCUAUUAAAUUCUCUGCAGAGCUGAAGUCAGACCAGUACUGUGUUUUGACCCUGGAGUACUCUGCCAACUUCUCACAGACCUAUGAUGGUUUCUACAACAGCUCUUACACUGAUAAAGAUGGAAACAAAAAUGUUCUUGCAGCAACCCAGUUUGAACCACUGUCAGCCAGGAAGGCCUUCCCUUGCUUCGAUGAACCAUCUUUCAAAGCCACCUUUCUUAUUACAAUCAACAGAAAAACAGACUACACGGCUGUUUCCAACAUGCCUUUGGCUAAAUCCACACCCCUCUCUGGUGGCCUCAUCCAAGAUGAGUUUGAAAAAACCACUGUCAACAUGAGUACCUAUCUGGUGGCCUUCAUCGUUGCUAAUUUCACCCCGAUCAGCAAAAAUGUCUCAAACAUUCAAGUAUCUGUGUACUCUGUGCCAGAGAAGAAGGAGCACACUGAAUAUGCUCUGGAAACAGCCUCCCAACUGCUGGAGUUCUACAAUACGUUCUUUGAAAUAGACUACCCCCUCAAAAAACUAGACUUGGUAGCCAUCCCAGACUUCUUGGCAGGAGCCAUGGAGAACUGGGGACUCAUCACUUUCCGUGAGACCAGCCUGCUGGUGGGCAAACAGUCCUCCCCUCUGGAGAAACAAGUUGUUGCUUCAGUCGUAGCGCAUGAACUCGCUCAUCAGUGGUUUGGAAACUUGGUGACUAUGAGCUGGUGGAACGACCUGUGGCUCAACGAAGGCUUUGCCACUUACAUGCAGUACAUGUCACUGCAGAAAACGAUGCCUCAGCUGGACAUUGGUAAUUUGUUCCUGGCAGUGCGUUUCAGAGCCAUGGACAAAGAUGCACUUAACUCCUCCCAUGCUGUGUCGACAGAGGUUAACACAAAGGAACAGGUGGAAGAGAUGUUCGACUCUGUCUCCUAUGAAAAGGGUGCAUCCAUUCUUCUUAUGCUGAACGCGUCCCUGCCAGGGGACCAACAGUUCAGAAAAGGGAUCAUUCAAUACCUCAAACAGUUCAGUGGAUUAAACACAGACACUGCCGACCUCUGGAACAGCCUUACACAGGUGUCAACACAGCACCAGAAUGUAUCAGAGAUGAUGAGCUCAUGGACCUCACAGAAAGGCUUCCCAUUGGUCACUGUAAGCCGCAAGGGAGAUCAAGUGACCCUCACACAAGAGCACUUCCUCCUCACAUCUGACAAUGCCACUCAUACUUCCAGCCUGUGGAAUAUACCGGUGACGUACGUAAACGACAGCUGUAGUUUUGCCCCUGAGUGCAGACAAGUUUUUAAUCUGAAGACAAAGACAGGCACUUUUAAGCUGCCAGAAAGUGUAAAGUGGCUGAAGUUGAACUACAGGAACUCAGGCUUCUACAUCGUGCACUACAGUAAUGAAGGCUGGGCUGCUCUUAAAGAUGCUUUGUCCAACAACGUCAGUGUUCUUACACAUGAAGACCGUGCCGCGCUCAUACACAACAUCUUUGCUCUCUCCAGACUGGGAAGGGUAUCCUUCCAUCAAGUCCUCACUCUGUUGAACUACAUGUCAAAUGAAACAGAGACUACUCCUGUGAUGGAAGCCUUGUUACAGCUCGAAAGUAUCCACAGGCUGCUGGACAAAAGACAGGAGGAAGCUCUUGUGGCCCGUAUGAAGAAUUAUAUUUUUCACAAUUUUGGGUCUCUGAUGGACAAACAAACAUGGGGAGAGGAGGAGAGUGUGUCCAAACAGGAGCUGCGCUCAGCCCUUCUGCAGAUGGCGUGUAGUCUGAAUGAAAAAAAAUGCAUUCAGCAAGCUAAAGCCCUGUUCAAACAGCAUGUCGAGUCCAAUGGGACUUUACGUAUACCAGGUGAUCUGCAGCAAGUUGUGUUCACUGUGGCUGCUCAGUCAGAUGAAGGUUGGGAAACUUUGCUUCAAAUGUAUGGACACGCCACCUACGAUGCAGACAAGAGAAAAAUGCUACAGGGGCUGGCAUCCACUCAGAAUAUACGGCAGUUAGUGUGGAUCCUUAAAGCAGGUCUGAGCGGGAACAUCAUCCAGACACAGGAGUUGCCAUUGGUCAUCAACACCAUGGUUAAAGGCUUCGCUGGCCACUUGUUUGUCUGGGAUUUUGUACAAGAGAACUGGGACCGACUCAUAGAAAAGUUUUCUGUGGGCUCCUUUGCCAUCCAGACAAUCGUCAAAUCUGCCACCUUCCAGUUCUCUACACAAGCGCACCUUGACCAGGUUCAGAGUUUCUUCUCUGGCCUGAAGGAGCGUGGCUCUCAGAUGAGAAGCGUACAGGAAGCUUUGGAAACAAUCAGGCUAAAUCAGCGCUGGAUGGACAAGAAUCUACCUACACUCCAAAAAUGGCUCUAAUACAGGCACUCCAUCAGGUCUCAGCCACACUUACAGAUAACUGGAGCAUGUAGUCAAUACAACAGCAGUGUUUGCACUCCUGUAGGACUGUCUCCUGACUCCCUUUAUCCAGGCCAGAGAACUAAACAAAGCCAGAGGUUGUCCUCGACCCGGCCGGACAAGGUGUUUGGUUCUCUGGUCCUGUAAGUUGUAUUUUUUAGCUCAGGGUUGCUCUGAUUGUGUGUUUAACAGGAGGUUAUCAGAUGCCAACACACUCACUCCUCAUACUUUAUGCUGUCGACCAAACCCCUCCACUGCAGCGCUCAUGUAAUCCUUAUGCCUGAGCAGACAAUCACUCUUCACUUAAACGUCUUUGGCUCAGCUUUCUUUCAGGCACUUCACUCCAUGAGCUGUAUAGUGGGCACUUCAGAAAGAGCGAACAUGAAGAAUGUCACUGAUACCAUUUUAUGUCUGUAAACUCAAUCGGUCCUGGAUUUUCUCUCAAUGGUGGGAUGUAUGUAGAUGCAGUCAGAGAUCCCUCGAUGAGAAGUCAGUAUUCUUGAAUCAACCAUGUUGAAACAUUUACUAUUUUAGUCAUGGUUUGGCUUGAAGAUUGAUUGAUUGGUAGCUUGAAGCACCAAACUUGUUGCAGCAUCACUCGAAUGUACUGACAAAACCUUCCCACUGUGUACAGCAGAUGGCGCACUGCAGCAAAGGUUUGAAUCGACAACCAAUGUGUCUUAGGUGAGGGCUGGCAGCUUACAAUGGAGCCAAAUCUUUCUUUCUUUCUUUCUCUUUUUUCUCUUCUCUCUUUCUUUCUUUUACUUUCCCUUAGUUUCCUUCCUUCCUAUCAGUCUUGAGCACAGUUUAUCUCUCAUCUUCGACUUGUAUGUUAUUAGCUUUUUUCGUGUGCAGUGCAGUCACUGUGUAGACUCCUUUAACUUGUGUGCUUGUAAUCUUUUAAUGUAAAUACGCUCAACCCCUCCACAAACCCUUUUCCCUGCGAUUUUUGGAUGUACCCUUUUAAACCUUCAAACUUUUAACGUUUUGAGAUUUGCUUUCUGUCGUGUGUGUAUAUAGUGUAAAAGGGUCACGUAUUCCUAGAAUUGAUCAAGAGUCUUGGUCAGAUACUUUUUACUGUACAGUAUUUCCUGAUUUCAACCACCAGGUGGAGGUCCUUGGCUGAAGAAUGUUGGUGUUUUAAGGGCUAUGCAUAUUGAAGAUACACAGUGUAUAGAUAUAGAAGAUUGAUCUAUAUUGGGUGUCCAGCUCAUCAGCCAAAUGAAAAUGCAAUUGAUCAAGAUUUUCUCCAAUGUUAACCAGAAUGAAGAGAAACCUAUAGCUAUUUAUUAAGAGUGUAGUUAGGAGUUUCCCCACCAUUUGCUCCAAGAUGUUAUUUAAUGACAGUUGUACACUCAUUCUGAGCUUUAUUUAAGUCGGUAGUUAUUCUCUUCAUCAAUGUCAUAUUAUUCAGGAUAACUGACCUCAAAUAGAUCCGUUGAUUUUUUGUUGUCUAUUGUUUUUCAGACAUUUUGAUUCAUGAGGUUUGUUUCUAGUUGUCAUAUUACUAUCAAAGCUUUGACGUGUCAUUUAUGUGGCAGGAAGACAAAACCUCCCUGACCCUGUGCAUGGGUGGUAAACCAGUGUGGGACCAGGUGCUUAUCUCUGCCCCUUAGUGACUCCUAUCGAUUAUAAUGAAGCUUAUAAUUAGAAGGCAUCGCGACACUAUACUGUAGGAGGCACCUGCCUGUCAGGGGGCAUUAGGUAAAGUCUAAAUUAGACUUUACCUAUAGAAUUCUUCUGUGGUUUAGGUCUGCAUUUUCUGACAGUAUAUCCAUCGACUCACUCCUUCCAGUCAGUCAAAGUCUGUGUGAUUGGAAUUCAAAAAUAUGCCUUUAAGCGCUCAUAUAAUUCUUCAAAAUCCAGUCAUCAGUUCAGCUUUAUUAAUGGGAUGUAAAACUGAUUUUACUGCCAUAUUUUUUGUCAGAAAGUAAUUGAUCCAUGUUGAAGGAGGUUUUCAGAGAGUGGAGUUUUAGAUCCCAUUCUUACUGAUCAGGUACGAGGUUCAGUCGAAGUCUUGGUUUCAGCGAUUAGAGAAUAGUAUUAGAUUAGACGACCACAGUUACAGUAAAGCUGAUCAGAUUCUAUUCGUUCUUGCACUGAGAAGAAAUGCUGCAGAUGCUUUUAAAAAUGUGUUGCUCUUUAUGUGGACAAAAUAUUAAUAAAGUUGUUUUAUGAAAA